AUGGCGCCGCCGCCACCACCUGACAGGAUUCUAUUGGAAGGUGUCUUAACAUGCGCGUCGGCAGGACCUCUGCCGUCCAGGAUCCCCUCCCGCCCGGUCGCAGACUCCGUUCAAAGUGAGCAGGGUAGUGGCCAAGUCCAGCUACUUCAACUAGGAUCAUCUGGUCGCUUCGUACUGCGCAUGUUGGACUUAGUGGUUCCCAACGUCAAGCGCCAACACCUUUACGUGCUACUCUGUCGCACCAAGGUUACGUCGCUCACGAAAUCGUUCCUCAGCACAUUUGAGCGGUCUGCAGAGCGCCUCUUGCUCGCCGACGGUCCCGAUGGCCAGCUCAAGGGAUGCCACCUCCGCAGCUUUGACCACCCACUCGACCACAUCAUGGACGUGCGCAGGAUCCAGUCCAUCGUUGUGUGCAAGCCGGCGACAGCUAAACCCCCCAGCGUCGUCGCGGACUUGCACUUGUUUGCCAACUUGGUGCCGUAUGCCCAUAUGACGCCUGCAUUGGAGCAGUCGUUGGCGGACAAGGCGAGUCUCCUCGCCGCCAAGCAAGCGCAGGACGAAGAUAUCGCCCACGAAGACGUGAACAAUCUACAGCAUGCUGAAUUGGACAUCCCGACCCUCCAAGCCUGCGCUCACGAGCUGUUUCGCAUGUUUGAUCGAGAUCGUUCCGGCACCAUCGAGUUUGCCGAAUUUCAACGGAUGUUGGCGUAUCGCCACAUCAACCUCUUGGAACCACAAGCCAAACGGUUUUUCGCCCUCUGCGACCAAGACAAGGGGGGCAGUAUCGACGAAGAGGAGUUUGUGGCGGCGCUGUACAUGACCAACUACCUCAAAACAAGGCGAGUGACGCCACAUCUGACGCCGGACGAUGUCUUUGCCGCGUUCGACGAGGACCGCGACAACUGCUUGAACCUCCUCGAGUACGAACUCGCGCUUAAAACAUUGCGCGUCCAAGCGCCCAAAGCUGCCAUCUUGCGCCGAUUUCCGUCGACCACUCGAUUAAUCACCCUCGAGGCGUUCCAGCUAGCAUGGGUAGCCCUUGUGGAUGUCCCCGCCGAAUGUGCCAAGCGCAAGCUGUUGCCACUGCCGCCUCCCCCUCGACUCAUGAACCGAGUACUUCAUCCCCGGCAACGAACGCGGCAGUUACAAGCGCACUUGCUGGCGGCGUUGGCGGCGCAAGCAGCGGAAGAAGUCGCGGCCGCCGUAGCCGCUCGGGAUGUCGUGUUGGAAAUUGGCCGACUUCGAGCGGCGGAGCGACAAGCGGCCCAGCGUCAAAUACUGCACUUGAAGCGAGGCGAAGAGGUGGAGCUCAAGACGAAGGAGGCACUGCGGGAGCGCGAAGAGAAGAUGCAAAGACGGCGGGCGCGUAAUGCCAAGGUGAAGCUGGUUCAAGAAGAGAAGCGGCUGGUGGCGCAAGUGGACGCGGACAGAGAGCGCCGCAAGCAGAUGCUCAUGAGUGUUCGAACGGAAGCACUGGUGCGGCGGCGAGAUGACACGGCCGCGCGGCGCGCCGCCCGCGGAGAUGAUGAGCUCCUGCUUGCUAAUCGGAGGCUGGCGGACAUUCCACCCGAGUUGUUCCAUGGCAAAGCGGCGUUGUUGGAGCUGUCGAAUAUGGUCAUUGUCGACUUGGCGCACAACAAGCUGACCCACCUCCCAGACAACUUUGCAUACAACUUGGAUUCGGUUCAGAAACUGGACGUGAGUUUCAACCACCUCGAAGUGUUGCCGGCCGACAUUGGGCAAUUGCAUGCGUUGCGCCUCCUGAAUGUUCGCGGCAACCGGCUCACUUCCCUCCCAGCUUCGUUUUCGAGGCUCGAUCAGCUGGAAAUCGCAGAUUUGUCGUCCAAUACAUUGCAAAGCCUGCGACUCGCCACCGACCAUAAUCCCAACCAGGUGACUAAGGCUUUGGUUUCGUGGGCGAACCUCAAGAUGCUGCACGUGUUGUACGUGGGGGACAACGCCCUCGCAACGCUCCCGAUGGACCUGAGUGCCGCCCCCAAACUCGCGCACAUGGACCUCGUCGGCAAUCCACUGAGUCGCCUUCCGCUGACGUUUCGUGAUUGCGCGUCGCUCGUGACCUUCGACGUGUCCAAGUGCUCGCUCAAGCACUUGAGCACCGAAUUCGGCAGCCAUCCGCUUCUGCAAGUCGUCGACAUGGGUCACAACAUGCUGAGUCACUUGCCGCCGUCCGUGGCCGGGCUCACGGCGAUGCAGCAGCUGUCCAUCGUUCACAACGAGCUCUUGGCGCUGCCGGACGCGGUGGGGGGCUGGGGCGAACUGGUCAUGCUGGAUGCAUCGUCCAAUCGGAUCCGGGUGCUGCCGGACGAGAUCGGCUGCUGGCGCCAAGUGGAAGCACUCCACCUGAACCACAACAGCCUCGUGAGCUUGCCACGUCAGAUCGGAUGUCUGGUUCACUUGCACACCCUCCACCUGCGGGAUAACGCCCUCGUGGAGCUGCCGCUCGACAUCGGGGCCCUCUCUGCGCUUCGCCACUGCGACCUCUCGAGGAAUAAGCUGACGGCGUUACCCUCACAGUUCGGAUUCUGCCAUGCGCUGCGUACGCUGGACGUGUCCGACAACGCGCUCGAGACGCUUCCAUCGUCUGUGGGCAUGUGGAUGGCUCUAGAGACGCUGCAUCUGCAGUACAACCGUCUGAUGUCCCCGCUGCCAGACACUGUCGUGGACUGGAUGGCACUGCGGGUGCUCGACCUCAGCCACAACAAUCUCACGCAUUUGGACCGAGCGAUCUGCGCACUUACUCGCCUAGAGAGCCUCAAUAUGGCGAAGAACCGCCUCGAGUUCCUGCCGGCGGACAUCGGCGGGAUGGCGGGGCUGCAGAUGCUGGACUUGUACCACAAUGCACUGCACGCCUUGCCCAUGGAGCUGAGCUCGCUCCUGCCGACGUUGGAGGUGCUGCAUGUGGAUGGCAACCCGAUGUCGACACUGCCGGAGAAAUGGUGCACUCGAUGGCGGUUGCAAGAUCGGUACCGCACGCAGUUUGCACACGGGUACUCGCAGCCGGAAGCUUUGGAAUGGACCCAGGACCAUGCCAUCUACUACCCCGUCGUCGUGGCCACAUGGAAUGCGCAUGCCGACGAGUACAUGGCACACGUCUUGCUCGUCGGAGCGUUCCUCGACGCCGUCCGUACAACAUUGAGCGACUCAUGGCAGCCGCGGUUUGAAAAACCUGUGAAAACGCACUUUUUCGAGUUUAAGUACCAAGGCCACCCGACACUCUAUGACGAUGCAGACGACGAUGUGCGGGAGGCGCAUCGACAGCAGGAAGCGGCACAAGAAGCCGCUAGGGACGCCGCCGCCGCCGCCACUUCGUCCGAGACGAAUGCGCUGGAGCAUGUACUGGAUGAAAGGUAUGCAGUCAACGUUGUGGAAGCCGAGAAGAAGAGUGCCGUGAAGAGGGAAAUAUAUCGCCUGAAGAGGGCGGAUGACCAACACCGCACGGCCAAGGCGUUGCAAGGAUAUAUUCAAGCGCACGCCGGUCAACGCAACGACGAAGAGGCCCGAAGACAUCAACUAGCUCAGCAUGAGUUUGCCGAGCGGCUCAAGCUUGAAGCCCUACAGCAGGAAGUGGAGUUGCAACGGCAGUACAGCGUCCCUGAUCAGACCAAGUGGGCAUUUUACCACCGCACAGGCCGCUAUCUCGAUGAUUCUAUGACAACUACUGUCGUCGCUGCACACGAUAGUCGCGUGGAGGAGGAACAGAGUCACCGAGGAUAUUGA